GCAAGGUGAGAGGGGUCCGUGACACGCCUCGCUGAGGCUAGAGGGGCUUCUCUCCCGUGCACCGUGCAUUUUCUGAGUUCUCUACCAAACACGUUCAGGCAUCAAAAAGUUUCCCAAAAACUAAAACCGUGCACGUAAUGGGUGAAACUGCACGCUAUGCUGAGUGAGGGAAGCCAGAUGGGAAGGCCUCACAGGCUACGAUUCUGUCGACUUGAAACAGGAAAAAGAGCUGUCGGGGCAGAGUGUGCAGGAGCGCGGCCUGGGUGUGGGUGGGGGCACGGGCAGAGGAGACCAGGGGACCUCGGGACCACCGUGCUGUGCGCUCCUCUGAAGCGAGGGUUCCCCGCCCCCUCCUCGCCAGGCGGAGCGCCUUGGAACCCGCGCAGGAGCGGUAGAAAGGCACGCGCCUUCCAGAACAGCCAAGGGCUCAGGCUUAGAGGUCGCCGCCCCGCGGGGAGGCGUCCGCAGCUGUUGCGGACGCUGACUCAGGCCGCGGGCUCCCCGGGUGAGGAGCGGUGUCGCCGUCCACGUGGCUCCUGGCGGGGCACAGGGGGGCGGAGGAGAGGGCGCCGCCUGCGGAGACACGGGAGCGCCCGGCUCGGGGAGCUCCUGCCCGCAGCCGGGUCGGCGCGGAGUCCGCGGGGCGCACGGAGGGCGGCUCCGAGGGGCCCAGGGGCUGGGCGCUACCCCGAGAUGGAGAAGUUCAAGGCUGCCAUGCUGCUGGGGGCGGUGGGGGACGCUCUCGGGCACAGAAACGCCCGCAAGGACAGCAGCGCUUCCGGAAGGAAGGUCCAGGAGGAGCCGCGGGCGAGCGGGGGCCAGGACCAGCUGGUGCCGUCCCAGGAGAGGUGGCCGGUGAGUGACAACACCAUCAUGCACCUGACGACGGCCGCGGCCCUGACCACAGACUACUGGUGUCUGGAUGACCUUUACCGAGAGAUGGUGAGGCGCUACGUGGAAGUCCUUGAGAAGCUUCCAGAACAUUGGGCUGACCCAGCUACCCUGGAAGGCUGCUCACAGCUGAAGCCGGAUAACUAUCUCCUCGCCUGGCACACACCUUUCAACGAGAAGGGCUCAGGGUUUGGAGCUGCCACCAAAGCCAUGUGCAUCGGCAUGCGGUACUGGAAGCCGGAGCGCCUGGAGACCCUUGUGGAAGUGAGCAUCGAGUGCGGCAGGAUGACGCACAACCACCCCACAGGCUUCCUCGGGUCCCUGUGCACGGCUCUGUUUGCAUCUUACGCCGCGCAAGGAAAGCCACUGGAGCAGUGGGGCAGAGACAUGAUGCAGACGGUCCCGCUGGCAGAGGAGUAUUGUAAGAAGACCAUCCGGCACCUGGCAGAAUACCAGGAGCACUGGUUUUACUUUGAGGCAAAAUGGCAGUUUUACUUGGAGGAGAGAAAAAUCAGCGAAGAUACGGGAAGUAAAGCCACCUUCCCUGACCGCUACGACGCGGAGGAAAGAGAAAAGGCUUACCGGAAAUGGAGCUCUGAAGGCCGAGGGGGCCGGCGGGGCCAUGAUGCCCCCAUGAUUGCCUACGACGCUCUCUUAGGAGCUGGGGACAACUGGACAGAGCUCUGCCAGCGGGCCAUGUGUCAUGGAGGCGAGAGCGGGGCCACAGGGACUAUCGCGGGCUGCCUGUUUGGGCUGCUGCACGGCCUGGACGCGGUUCCCACGGGCCUGUACCAGGACCUGGAGCACAAGGAGGAGCUGGCACGCCUGGGCGAAGCCCUUUACCGCCUGUCCACUCAGGAGAAGUGACCUCUCGGUCGCCAGAGGUGCCAACGGAACCAUCAGGAGAGUUUAUUUCGGCCGCGAUGUUUACACUGGCCCUGGAGAGAGGUGUUCUGGUCCUGCCCAGGGAUGGGCUCGGGGACGUCCGCCCGCACCCACAGGCAGGGGCAGCAGCCCAGACCCCAGACUGCCUUUGGAAAACACUGACAAGACGGAAACACGCUUGGCUUUGAGGAGCAAACUGCUGGUGUUUGGUGCUCCCACAACUGUCCUCACUGCAGCACGGAGACCUUCCAUCCACAUGCUGUUUCAGCCACAACUGUCCUCGCUGCAGCGCGGGGACCGUCCAUCCACAUGCUAUUUCAGGCCAGGCGUGUGGGGCCAAAGAAGGACGUGCUGGGCCUGCCUGCAACUCCAGGGUCAGGCAGUCAUCAAAGGCCCCAGUGAGAGACCUUGCCUCCACAAGAGCACAUGUCCAGGCCCGCAGGAGAGUUCACACCACUGGCCAUUCCAAUUCAGUGACUUUUGGGGCACAGAGGGCCAUGCAGGUACCCCUCGAGUGAAAGAGGGGCAUCCACAGGACCAGUGGGGGCAGCACAGUCAGGCCACUGGGAAAGCCUCCACUGAGGAGGGCACCUGAAAUGGGUCGUGAAGGAUGCAUAGGAGCUCAUCAGGAGUGCAGCUGUCACAGGCGGGAAGGCUCAGUGUGCGGCUGGGACAGAGCACAGCAGGGAGCUGAGCUGCCAGGUGACACUCGAGGUGCACAGGCCUGCAUCCCUCACCCCUGGCAACAACGGCAGGGUGAGCCAGAGCCUCGAAUGGCAGGGGCCCUGCCAGACCUCGCUGCAAGCGCCAGGGGGGUGCAGAACAGAUGGGUGUCCUGCCCACGUGCAGGCAGACAAAUGAGUGUGCUUGAAACUGCGCUGGAGUCUCAGGCAGUGACGACUGGGGUCUACAGGGAUGGAGACCCCAGGCGGUGGGUGCACUGGGGCACGGUGGGUCGUGAGCUUGCAUAGUGACCUCAGGAGGGCAGACUGUGCAAAGCAGAGUGAACAGCUUGUGCAAAGGCCCUGGGGUAGAAAUGAGCUGGGAACCAAUCGAUGGCCAGUGCUCAUGGCCUGGGCACCAGGUGGCGUGUCCCUGCAGGGAGGGCGGGAGCCCAGCUCAGCUGUGUCGUGAACACGCACCACACAAGCAUCCUGCAAACAGAGCUCAGCGUUUCUCUGGGGUAGAGGGCAGGAGAGCAGAGAUGGCUGGAAGCAGGCUGAGCAGAGGAGAGGUAUUGUGUUCAUGGAGGCUGUUGCCCAUGCAGUCACACUUCUGCGUCUGUUGCCGGGGGCAUUCUCCUGAAUCUUGCACACAUCCGGCUGGAGGUGAGGCCACCUUGGCAAGGCAGGGCUUGCCUGAAAAAGGACCGUGUGGUCCUGGCUAAUCCCCUGCAUAUCAGCCUGUAUGUCUUGGAUCUCUGGGAGUGAAAACCGUUUUUAGGUGGCAGUGGAAGCAGGAAG